UGCAGCCAUUUGCGGGCUGUUAUCUCUUGACUGGUUUUAAGAUUAAAUUUCGUGUUAUAUUGAAUGACUUUGUUUAUUUUUAUCAUAUAAUAACCAUUUUUUAGAUUAACUUAGAAAUUAUUAGGGAUUUCAACGAAAAAAUAAAAUGAGUCUUCCAUUGAGUGGCAAAAUUGCAUUGAUUACCGGAGCUGGAAGUGGAAUUGGUAGAGCUGCUUGUCGUUUACUGAAUCGAGAAGGAGCUACCAUUAUUGUGGCUGAUCGUAAUGUUGAAGCAGCUAGACAGGUGGCCAAUUCGUUGAAUGGAGACAAUCAGUUUAUUGAACUCGACGUGUCAUCGAAACAAAGCAUACAAAACGGUAUUCAAAGCAUUGUCUCGAAAUUCAAUGCACCGCCAUCGAUCGUUGUUAAUGCGGCCGGCAUCAUCAAAGAUAAUUUCAUUUUAAAACUGGAAGAAGACCAAUUUGACGAUGUGAUUCGAGUCAAUUUAAAGGGUACAUUUUUGAUGAUGCAAAACUGUGCCAAUGCUAUGGUUGAGAAAAAUAUUGUAAAUGGCACCAUCAUCAAUCUGGGCAGCAUUGCCAGUAAAAUUGGAAACAUAGGUCAAGCGAAUUAUACAUCGAGCAAAGCGGGCGUUGAAGCAAUGACCAAAACCGCUUCCAGGGAAUUUGGCAAAUUUGGCAUUCGAGUGAAUUGCGUCCUACCCGGCUUUAUCAAUACUCCAAUGACUGAAUCGGUACCAGAAAAGGUCAAGGAUUACAUGACAAUGCAGUGUCCAUUGAGACGUUUUGGAAAUCCAGAAGAAGUUGCUGAAGUCAUUGCAUUUUUAGCCUCAGAUAAAAGUUCAUAUGUAAAUGGUGCUUCAAUCGAAGUUACCGGUGGUAUUUAAUGCCAACAUUUUUUUAAUAAUGAAAAUUGUAAAUUUUAUUUUAUAAUAAAUGGUCAUAUAAUGA